AUGGGUCUUAAGGACCCAGGUGAUGUUAAGACUGAAGUGACACGUAAUGCUGAACAAACUCUUGAUCUAUAUGUACAGAGUCAUCGGGAAGCUGUGAAUGAGGAAAUCAGUGACAAUAUCAGUGAUGUUAAGACUGAAGUCACAUUUGAUGCUGAACAAACACAUGAUCUAUAUGUAGAAAGUCAAUUGGAAGCUGUGAAUGAGGAAAUCAGUGAUAAUACCAAUACAGAUGGAGCCAUGAGCUCAGAUAUUCCUUGUCACAGCCGGAGUGCCGCGGCCUCUUUCAGUCUCAUUGAAGAUCAGCAAUACUACUUGGGAAAUGCAUUAUUUCGUUGUUAUGAAUGUGGAAAAUGUUUUACCCAGAAAUCACAUCUUGUUACUCAUCAGAAAAUUCAUACACUAGACAAAGUAUUUCCAUGUUCUGUAUGUGGGAAAUGUUUUACCCAGAAACAAAAUCUGAUUACUCAUCGGAAGAUACACACGGAUGAGAAAGCAUUUACAUGUUCUGAAUGCGGAAAAUAUUUUGCCUGGAAAUCUAGUCUUACGUAUCAUAAAAAAAUUCAUACAGGAGAGAGACCAUUUUCCUGCUCCGUGUGUGGGAAAUGUUUUUACUGGCAAUCGCAUCUUAUGAAACAUCAGAAAAUACAUAAAAGUGAGAAAUAAUUCUCAUGUUCCAAAUGUGGGAAAUGUUUUAUCCCUAAAUAG